AUUUGGGUUGGUACGCUUGCGUAUGGAUAGCUACAGCGAUUGUUUUGAGCAGAAUUGUUUCAAAAAUUCGGUGUUUAGGACAACAAAUGUUAUGGUUUUAUCGUUAACUUAAGAACGACUAGGCCCAAUUCAGCCAUGGUUAUUCAACGCUUACCGUCAGCUGUUGUUUCGUCCCUUCGCACGGAUGUGACAGUAACUACAACAGCUCAAUGUGUGAUUGAAUUGGUUCUAAAUGCCAUUGAUGCAGGUUCGACAUCCAUAGCUGUAAGAAUAGAUCUAAAAAACUUCAGAAUUCAGGUAAUUGACAAUGGCUGUGGCCUAAAUUUUUCCGACAUCAAUCUUGUUGGAACCAGGUACAUGACAAGUAAAUGCCACUCAAUGCGUGAUCUUCAGGGCAAUCUUAAGUUUUAUGGUUUUCGAGGAGAAGCAAUGUCAAGUAUAAAAGAUGUCUGCGGUACUUUGACAAUUGUUUCACGUUGCAAAAAUACUGAAGACACUUACUGUAAAGUAUUUAGUGAAGGAGUUGCCCUAAAAGCUGGAAAAUCUCGCCAUCAUAGAGCAUCUUGGGGGUCUACCAUCACUGUUGGUGACUUUUUGUACAACCGGCCUGUCAGGAGAGCACGAAUCAAACCCGCGCUGGAUUUGGAGGAAGUGAAAUCAAGUUUGGAGGCUGUGGCAUUAAUAAACCCUCAUGUGUCUUUUUCAUUACGAAAUGAUGUCAAUAAUGAUCUGAUGAUGCAAACUCAGAGAGUGAGUGAAAUCCCAUCAGUGUUUAGUACCUUGUAUGGGAAUAGCAUAGCUAAAUCUCUUGUUCCAGUCAAAGAAAGUAUGGGUCCAUUUUGCAUAGAAGGAUACAUAUCAAAUGAAGCUCACCUUUUAAAAAAUUUGCAGUUUAUAUAUGUAAACAAAAGAUUACUUCUCAAAACCAAAAUUCACAAACUUGUGAAUUCUAUUAUGUCAAGAAGUGCAAUUUUAAAAUCAAACAAUGUUUCUCAUGCUCCAAUUUCGAAAGAAAUCAAUCAUAAUGUUUUUCUGGCUUUCUCACCACCCAAACGAGACAAACAUGCCAUAUUUGUGCUUAAUAUAAUAUGCCCUCUUUCAGAGUAUGACAUAACCCUUGACCCUAAAAAGACACUUGUUGAAUUUUGUAACUGGGACUGUUUGCUAAGUUGUUUUGAAAGACUUCUAAGAAAGUUCAUUGAAAGUCAGCUUGGUCCUUCUGAGACUGAAGAAGAAGGAUUUGACUGUUGGCCCCCCAGGAAAGUGGAAACUGUUAUUGAUGAAAUAAAUCAGCUUGCAAGAGAACAAGCUCUGGGUGGACAAAAUGUCCAAGCGAAUAAAGGGUCAAUAAGUACAAGAGACCUUCCAAGAGCUAUUCAUAGUUUGCCUGCAAAUAGACACCGUGUUAAUUUAUCUGAAAAGUCCCCAACUGAAUGUUUUUUUUCAACUGCCAGCUCUGAACUUUUUUCCAGUAGUUUAGAGUCUCAAGAAAAAGGAAGAGGAGGCAAUUCAGGAAGAUUUUAUAAUUCAGCUCUCACUGAACAACCGUGUCCACCUCUUUCAAAUAAAGAAGCGUAUCAAGAAAAAAGUGCACCAACAUUAAGAAAUUAUGAGGGAUGUUUCACAGAAACUCCAUCUAUUGCAAGUGCCCCCCCAAAUCCCAAAACUUUAGAAGGCCAAUCAAAUUUCUUGUUUAAAAAACCUGUAAUUUCAUCAGUUACAAAAACUAAACCUGUGAAAGGAUUUCUCUCUGAGAUUGUUCGAUUUGAGGAAGGUUUUAGAAAAAGUGCAGAGUGGCCACUUGAAAAGAAACCUCCUUGGAAAUCAUCGCCCUCUAGCCCUAUCAAUGCUCUUGCUAGCAUUAAAGAAAUAAGAAGGAAGAAACUUUUAAGCAAUUUGAACAAGUUUUCAUUUAAUACUUCUUCAAAGAAACCUUUGCUGUAUAAACACCCAUGUGGUGCGGACCAAGUGGGAAAAGAUUUUGCGGAAAAGGGAAGGGAAAACAUGUAUGUCAGAGUACCACAAGGUCAAAUUGUUGGUAAAGGCCUGAGCCAACAAGAGAGAAACAAAAUUGAUUCUCAACCAAAGGUGCAAAAUACUUCCAACCCCUUGAUGUUAGUAACACAAUGUGCACCUUCUCCUUCCAUAUACUCAGAUGACAUGCAGUCUAUUGUUGCUACUAUGGCUAGCAGUGAUGUUUCUGAGUCAAAGAGUGAGGCAAGUUGUCCAAUACUAACUGACUCAGCCAAUGCAAAUCUUGCUCCAAUGGAAAAUUUGGAUAGUAUUGUUUCCAAUGAUGCUAAUAAGUUAAAGGUUACUGAAAACAAUCAACUGCAAUCUUUCCGAGGAAAUUUUGAUCAGAGUUUACCAUCACCCACUGAUUUGUACCAAAGAAAUUUAGACACCUCAUGUUCAUCUGGUGUAGAAACCAUAACAAAUGAUCAUGUUGAAGGAUGUUUCCAACAAAUUUUGUCUGUAGAGGACAUGCUAUUAACUGGUUAUGAUAGCAUCCAACAGCUUGAUUCACCUCUGGAAGCCAACAGUAAUCGUUUUAAUUCUGACAGUUUAUCUGCUUUUGCAAAGACAAAUGAAAAACUCAUGGAAUCACCUGAAAUAAGUUUGUCUUUUGGUGAAUCCAAUCACAGAAAUUCUGACAACAUUUUUAUUGAUCACAGGAAACCAGAUGAAAAGGGAAAUAUGUUAAAAUCACUCUUUGAUGUUUUCCCACCAGAAAAUAGAAAACAGCUCUCAAAAACAUGUAAAAUUAGUAGUUCAGAUGUCAUAGAUGUUGAUGGGUGUGGAAUUCAAAACAACAGCAUGAGAUGCAAAACAGCAAAAAUCUUAAAAUUAGUUGAUUAUGAUAGCUCACCCCCUUCAUCUCAAGAAAGCUUUGCAAGUGAUAAAGAUUUAUUGAGAAAUAAUUCUAUGAGUCCAAUGUCUUCUGAGAAACGUAAGUCAGAAGACAGUCAGGGUCAGAACACCAAACGAUUUUGUGACUCAUUUGAAAGUCCUGCUGAGGAUGGAAAUAUAUCCAGUCAUGUAACACACCCAGGAUUCAAAGUGUCCUCACCUGCAAAAUGUGACUUUCAUCUGGCCACAUCCUCAGAGGCAGAGUCUGCACAUUGUAGUGAUAGGGUAAAACAGCAAGUGACAUUAGACAUUCUCCCGGGAUUCAGAAUGUCCUCACCUGCAAAAUGUGACUUUCAUCUGGCUACAUCCUCAGAGGCAGAGUCUGCAAGUUAUAGUGUUAGGGAAAAACAGAAAAUGACAUCAGAGAUUCCUUCUACUACAUUUGAAACUUUUACUACUUCCAAUGGCAACUUUUUUGACACUCCUCAGCAUGAAUGUCAAAGUGAGCAGGCCUUGCCAAAUUCAGUCUCAGACUCCCAAAGCUCUGACUCGCUAAUUGUAGACAAAAGUGAGCAAAUGUCAUCAAUUUCAGUUGUAAAUCAUCAUAAAGACUGUGAAAAUCGUGCAGGAUUUGAAGAUACCACUAAAACUGUUUGGCUUGAAAGAAAAGAUCACAGUGGUAAACCAUUUUUCAUUCACAAGGAUAGUGGUAUGACCACUUACCUUAAGCCAAAUAAUGAUGAAAGUGUCCAAUUUAAGUUCAGCAAUCGGUUUUCAUUUCUUCCCAAAGGCAUGUCACCCAUAUUAAAUGACAAACUUACUGAUGAGCCUAGCACAAGUCCAAGCAUUACUCUAUUUCAUAAGGAAGAAGAUUUAUCAUUCAUAAAGUGGGACAAAAAACAGAAUAAUCAGACUGAUUUUUGGCCUCUUGUUGAUCAGCUUCUCUCUGAGGCUGAUGAGUUCUCUUCAAAUCUUGCUGCUGAAAGCCAAGUAAAAAAUGCAAGUGUACAAGAGCUAUCAAAAUCUGAUAUAAAGAUCUAUAAUGUAGCUUUUCCAUAUACCUUUACUAAAGACAUCUUCCAUAAACUGAGGGUGCUUGGCCAGUUAGAUAAUAAAUUCAUUGUCACAAUAGCAGCACAUAAUUUGAACAGAGAAGUUAUUGUACUGUUUGAUCAGCAUGCAGUCCAUGAACGCAUUCGUGUGGAAAAUCUGACGGAAGCAUAUAAACAGCAUGAUGGAUCAGCCACCUGGAGAUCAUCCUCUGUCGAACCAUCUCUACCUUUACCUUUGAGUAUGAUUGAAGUAAGAAUUCUAGAAAGCUAUAAGAAGAAAAUGGAACAGCUUGGAUUUUGCUUCACUGUCUCUGAUUCUAGCUCCAUAGAGGUGCAAAGAGUGCCUACAUGUCUCCUACUAAGAGAAAAUAGAGAGGUGACUGGCAGAGGAGUUUCUGUACUGCGGCAACAUCUUGAAAGUCUCAUCCGAGAACAAGUUGAUUCACUCCUAAACACAAGAGGUGUUGGAACAGACCAUCCAAAAAUUAUUCAGAAUGUGAUAAGUUCUGAGGCUUGUCGAGGGGCUGUUAAGUUUGGUCACUCUCUGACUAUAGCAGACUGUCAAGCUUUCCUUCAUAAUCUAUCAACAUGUAAACUUCCUUUCCAAUGUGCUCACGGUCGGCCUGCUCUUGUGCCCAUUGCAGACCUUUCUAUGCUGAAAGAAAAGCUACCGCGUGCUAAACCAAAUCUCAAAAAGCUCCUGGAAAUGCGACAAAUACAACACCUCCCUCAUGUUAAAUUCUGAAAUUGUGUACUAUUUGUUUCCUACAAAGUAAUUUGAAUUGUUUUAUUUUAAGUUUUUAAACAAAUGUUGUUUAUGAGCCAGAGCUCUGGGACAAUCAAGGUUGUGAAAAUAGUAUUAUUUUAGUCUAAUCCCAUUUUUCUUACCAAAUUGAUAAUUUCAGUUGUAAAUGAAUAGCAACCAUGAAUUUAGGAUAAAUAGAUAUCAAUUUAUUUUAUCUGUGAUAUAAUAUAUUAAUGUAUAUCCAAUAUAUAUUUACAAAGUCAAUUUA